UGAUAGGAUCCCACAUAUUUUGGUAUUGACUGUUUAAACUUGCAUAUAUGGUAUGUUAUCAUUCUCACACAUUUUGGUAUUGACUGUUUAAACUUGCAUAUAUGGUAUAUUAUCAUUCUCACACAUUUUGGUAGUGACUGCUAAUUUUGUAUAUAUGGUAUAUUAUCAUUCCCACACAUUUUGUUACUGACUGUCAACCUCGCACAUAUGGUAUAUUAUCAUCUCUCACGCACUUUGUUAUUGGCUAUUAAGAUAAAUUAUUUCAAAUGCUGUUAGCUGUCCAUAUUGUUGUAAAAUGUAUAAAUACCAUGGCUUUCUUUAUCGUUGUUGCACCUCAAUACACAGUCACAGUCCAGCCUUUGUCUUUUGAUAUUUGCGUGCUUUACUAAGUCGGAAGGUACGACGAGCAGAUAGACAGAUUAGUUCAGGCGCAGACAGAAUAAGGUGAAAACGUCUUCAUUCAAUUCCCUACAGUUAUAACAAUUGGCGACGGGGUUUUACUUUAAUUCAUCGCAGUUAUAGCACGCAACGACGACAGUUUUUAUUCUGUUCAGCGCAACUAUAUAACAUUUUUGACUGUGUAAAUUACAACCCAAUUAUAAUGUCUAUCUCUCUGGACGAUCUUCCGGUGACUGCAGUUGAGGUUGCCAGACACACACUGCGUGAUCCAGUUUUACAGCAAGUAUCAAAGUUCAUCCGAUUUGGCUGGCCUCCACAUGUUCAUUCAAAUGUUUUAAAACAGUUUUACCAGCGACGCCAAUCCCUAUCCAUCGUUAAUGGAUGCAUAAUGUUUGCUGAUCGUGUUGUGGUUCCAGCUAAUCUUCGUGACCAUGUGCUUCGGCAGCUUCAUAUAUCACAUCCUGGUGUUGGGAGAAUGAAGGCGAUCGCUCGCAGUUAUGUUUACUGGCCCAACAUCGAUGACCAUAUCGAAGACCUCGUUCGCAAGUGUAGUAAAUGUGCUCAAGCAUCAAAGUGUCCACGCAAGACAGAACUAUGUUCCUGGCCACGACCGGACAAACCAUGGUCCCGUGUUCAUGUUGACUUCGCUGGACCGUUCAAUAGUAUGCAUUUCUUAAUAUGUGUCGACGCGUUUUCCAAAUGGCCAGAGAUAUUUCCUAUGCAUUCUGCCACAUCAAUUGCAACAGUGUCCCACCUACGUCAACUAUUCUGUCGUUUUGGUAUGCCUGAUGUUCUGGUGUCCGAUAAUGGAUCGCAGUUCACCUCAUCACUGUUCUCAGAUUUCUGCAAACUGUUUGGCAUCCAGCAUAUUCGUAGCCCCCCGUAUCAUCCCCAAUCGAAUGGACAGACUGAACGUUUCGUCGACACCUUUAAGCGUGCUUAUGCAAAAGCGAAGGGGGAGGGAACAACAGAAAAAAUUUUGGAUAAAUUCUUGCUGCAUUAUCGUACGAAUGAAAAAGGACAGUUAUGUGUCAGACACACAGAUCACGCUCUAUCCAGUACCACGCAAAGGUCAACUCGACAAAGAAGAGCUCCGAAACCUUUUCAAAUAGAUCCAAAAAGCAAGUCCUACACUCUUUACGGGGGGAGGUGAUAGGAUCCCACAUAUUUUGGUAUUGACUGUUUAAACUUGCAUAUAUGGUAUGUUAUCAUUCUCACACAUUUUGGUAGUGACUGCUAAUUUUGUAUAUAUGGUAUAUUAUCAUUCCCACACAUUUUGUUACUGACUGUCAACCUCGCACAUAUGGUAUAUUAUCAUCUCUCACGCACUUUGUUAUUGGCUAUUAAGAUAAAUUAUUUCAAAUGCUGUUAGCUGUCCAUAUUGUUGUAAAAUGUAUAAAUACCAUGGCUUUCUUUAUCGUUGUUGCACCUCAAUACACAGUCACAGUCCAGCCUUUGUCUUUUGAUAUUUGCGUGCUUUACUAAGUCGGAAGGUACGACGAGCAGAUAGACAGAUUAGUUCAGGUGCAGACAGAAUAAGGUGAAAACGUCUUCAUUCAAUUCCC